CAUCGGUUUGGACUGGGCGUGCACGGUGGCAGAUAUUUUGCACAGUCUGAACACGUGCUCUGAGUGGAGCGCCGUCAUCGCCGCCUUCACUGACCACUGCAUCCAGCAGCUGCCGCAGACGCUCAAACGCACCAACCUGUUCACCCUGCUGGUGCUGGUGGGCUUCCCCGAGGUGUUGUGUGUGGGCACCCAGACGGUGUUUAUCGACAACGCCAAUGAACAGCACAACAUGAUCCUGCUCAAACACUUCACGGAGAAGAACCACGCUGCAGUGGUGGACGUCAAGACGCGCAAGAGGAAAACAGUGAAGGACUACCAGCUCAUCCAGUCUCAGGACUCCACUGCAGCCGGGCUCCCGGGGCAGUCAGAGGGCCACGGCCCCUCGAAGGCCCUGCUCAGCCGCUACCUGAGCAACUUCACCUCCAUCAUCAGCCACCUGCUGCAGACCAGCCAGGACAACGGCUCCCCCGAUGCUGUGGAGGCGUCCUGGGUUCUCUCGUUGGCCCUGAAAGGCCUCUACAACACACUGAAG